CGCACGAGAGCGCGGACGAACUGAAGACACGAAGACAGUCGUGACGGCAGCACCGAUAACGACGUAGCCAUUGGAAAAUAAUCGAUCCACUCCCUAGUACCUCUCUAGCAAAAGAAUCAUGGGUUCAGUUUCCAGCACGAGAAGAGUCAUGUCUGAGACUAAAAGAGAAUGGGUCACUCAAACCAUCAACUCCGAAACUGUCGUUAUCUUCUCCAAGAGUUACUGUCCUUACUGCAAAAUGGCGAAAGAGGCCUUCCAGAAACUCAAACAAGCGUACGAUGUAAUUGAGUUGGAUCAGAGGGAUGAUGCCGACGAAGUUCAGGAUAUCUUGGGAGAGCUCACAGGCGCUAGAAGUGUGCCCAGGGUAUUCGUGAAAGGCGAAUUCAUCGGCGGUGGAACCGACGUCAAGAAGAUGCUUGAAACCGGAGAGCUGGCUAAAAAGUUAGCGUAAUUACAGGGAAACAAUGCUUUUAUGAACUUCUUAAUGGACCAUUAUUGUCGUUCACUAAAUUUACAAUUCUGUCUAGUUGAUAAUGUAACGAUUUAUGUUCUGUAAAGAUAGUGAAAAUUCACAUUUUUUUAUUCGAAGAGUCCCCGACCUUGUAUGAUAUCUAAAGGAAUGUUUAAUAGUUAAAUAAAAGUUCUGUAAUUUCAAAUUUA